AAUUAAAAUAGAAUCAGUGUUUUAUUUGGACAAUAUUGAACGGCACACAUGCCCCCAUCCUAAAGGGCUGGCCAAAAAUUAUGACUUAAAGAUUCACUGCCGCAAGCAAGUCGCUUAUUGAAUGGGCGUAUUGAAUGCCAAAUCGAUUGCUACGCAAAUAAAAAAUCAAACAAAAGAAAACUUUACAAAAAGGAAACAGCAAAAAUGUUAAUGUAAUCAAGUAACACAGAAAGUGCAUUCCGGCCAACAGCAACAAUCAAGCUAAUGAGGGUGAGGUGGCCACAUGUGUGGGCGUCUACGAACGUCACUUGAUAGCACCAUUGACAUGAACAAUCCCCCUCGGACCGUGUCGGAGGAGAAAUCAAUCAGCAGAGCACACAAAUGACCAACUCAGAGGAACGGAAAAGCAAUAAUUAGCAACGUAAUUAGUAGCAAGCCCGAUAUUCUUCCAAAACUUAAGGUCAAAAUUGCGCAUCGCCAUGUUUUCCGAAGCAUAUGACACCGAUGAGCUGGACACCAUCGCCGAUGUCAUGGGACUCCGCUCACAGGCUCGCCUAAACACAUUUCGCGAAAUGUGGUACCACUUAUUUCUGUGGGCCCUCUUCUCAUCCAUUUUUAUCCACACCUGUGCCGCCCUUGUGGCGUUUGUCACGCUUCGAAAGCAUAAAUUCGGUCGAUUCUUCUCCAUACUAAUUCUGGUCAUGGGAUUCUUGUCCCCAGCUUCUAGUGGGAUCAUUAGCAGUGCGGUGAUUGCAUUUGUGCAUCGCGCUUCCAGCCUGCCCAUGUCACCUAUUUAUGCAAUGGUCUGGGGUCUUGGACAGACCAUAGUCUCGGCAUGCCUGGGCUUCACCCGAAUCUUGGCCACGCUCUAGAUUAUGGUCUGAAAUUUCAUCAUAGAACGUUCGUCGCUUGCUAUUUUCUUUUGUAAUCAUUAUCAUACUUUUUUUAUUCGUUUUUCGCAGAACAUCUUGAAAGAUGCUCGACAACAAAUAUAAAAAUUCAUAGAUAUGCGUAUA